AACUAGCUGCUUGAUAUUAACACCCAUCUAAUCCUGUAGGCAAGGAACCUUUUCUGAUUAGUGCCCUAGAAUGAAACUAAAUUUUUGAGGGAAAAGUUAGAAUAGUCUGAACAUAACACUCUUUUUCUCCUAGUCCCGUGUAGACAUUUGUGAAAUUCACAACUUCCUUUUUCUCUUUAUGUCUUCCUAGCAAGUGAGUCUCACUGUGCAGGGGAGUUCUGCAGACCCCAAGCUGGAUGAUCAUGGCUGCUGCCUCCCUGCUGAGGAACCUGGAGGAUGAGAUGUUGUGCUCCAUCUGCCUAGACUUCUUGAAGGAUCCAGUGACCAUCGACUGUGGUCACGUCUUCUGCUACCUCUGCAUCAUUAAGAUGGCCAGCCUGGUGGAGAACAUCUGGAGAAUGAAGAUAGAUGAGGAGCAAAACACCCAAGAAGAAAGACCCCCAGAGCAGCAAGCAGAAAAGCUGUGCAGGCGACAUCUGGAGAAGCUGCAUUACUACUGCAAGGACGACAAGCAGAUCCUAUGCGUGUUGUGCCGCGAGUCCUGGGAGCACAGGCACCACACUGCCAUUCUCUUGGAGAAAGCUGCACAACCUUUUCGGGGUAAAAUUCUAAGCCAUCUGAAGGUACUGAAGGGAGACAGGGAUAGAAUUCAGAAUUUUCAAUCUACAGGACAGGAUGAAAUUCAAGCCCUGCUGACAAAAUUCCAGAACUACAAGCAAGACAUUGCUACAGUGUUUGAACUGAGCCAUCAGUUCUUGAGAGAAAAGGAGCAGUGUCUCCUGGAGUGGCUGGUGAGACUGGAGCAAGAGCUCACUGAAGGGAGGGACAGCUGUGUCACCAAAGGCUUAGAGGAAGUGGUCCGGCUCGGGACUCUGAUCUCUGAGUUGGAGAAGAAGGCUCGGCAGCCAGCCCUCGAACUUCUGCAGGACCCAAGUGACAUAUCAAGCAGGUAUCCCAGGAAGAAGUUCUGGAUUGAAAAGCCGAUCAAUCCUGCAAUCAAAAAACAGGCUGAAGAAUUUUCAGACAAACUUCUUUCUUUAGAGAAAGGACUCAGAGUCUUCCAUGGAAAGUUGAUGAAGGAUCUGGAAUACAAAACAAUGAAGAUCGUCCUGAAUUCUCAGACAGCCAAUGGUUACCUGUCAGUGUCUCCAAAUGGGAAGAGUAUGAUAUUUACUGGCUCGUGGAUGAACAAAUGCCAGCAUGGCCAGCGCUUUGAUCCUGAGCCUGGUGUGCUGGGCAGCAGUGGCUUCACGUGGGGCAAAGUGUACUGGGAAGUCGAAGUGGAUAGAAUCUGGUGGGGGGCAGAGGAGGAGGAAGAAGCAACGAGGUGCAGAGGCGGGGUCAGGGACAUGGUCAGCAAUAGCUAUUUUAGUGGAUUCUUAGGCGUCAAUGAGGCAUAUGGUGCUCCUGGCUAUAGAAAUGAGCGUGAAGAGUUGGAGCAGAAGUGGCCUCAGGGAAACGGAAUAUGGCUCAAAUUCUGCGUAGUAGGGGUGGCAAGAGAGUCGGUGGUAAGAAGAGGAUUUCUCCACUUCAGCCCUGAGGAAGGAUUCUGGACUCUGCAGCUGUCUCCAGCUGGGGUCUCUGUGUGUACUGGCUCUGAUCCUUUCCAGAUUCUGUCCUACUGCCCGAGGCAGAUUGGAGUCGCUCUGGAUUAUGAUGGAGGGAAGGUAACCUUUACCAAUGCUAGGUCACAAGAAGUCAUCUAUGAAUUCUCAACUUCCUUCUCUGGGAAAAUUUUUCCUUUUCUGUGGCUUAACUGCAUGAGAUCCAGACUUACACUGAGACCCUAAGACAUGACCUUUUCAUUUUGUUCCCCCUUUCUCUUCUUUUUUCUUUCCCUUGUUCCCCUACAUCAUUCCUAACUUUUGAUCUUGACUAGAUCACCCUGACAGGUUUCUUAAUAUCCUAGGCUGACUAGAGCAGUGUGAUAGAGGCAUGAGUCUCAUGUCCUGUCUGUUUUUGUCCCUAAAGUGGGAAUGAUAAUACUUAAUUUCCUUUAUCUAUAAUGAAAAGGUUAUAAUUUCAUUUACAUAUUUAUUAAAAUAUAUGCUUCUAUUAA